AUGGGGAUUCAUAGAGUGCCAGAGUUUUACUGUUGCUAUUUACUGAGAUCAGUUCCCAAAAAACAAUCUUUUUACAUAGGAUCUACCCCCAACCCUGUACGAAGACUUCGACAACAUAAUGGGCUUCUCACGAAUGGUUCGGCUUUCCGGACCAAACAAGCCAACCUUAGGCCGUGGGAAAUGGUUCUGUGUGUUUAUGGGUUCACUAGUAAAAUAGCAGCUUUGCAAUUUGAGCACGCGUGGCAGCAUAGCUACCACACGCAUUUCAUCAGCGACGACCAGCGAAUUGUGAAAAAUAAGACAGGCGGCCGGAGUAUUCAUCACAAGCUGGGAAAUAUUCGGUUGUUAUUGAAAAACGCAUACUUCCAACAUAUGGAUCUGGUCGUUCAUUUUUUUGACCAGGAAGCUCGUAAAGUGUGGGACCAAAAUCGCUUCAAUAUUCAUGGCGAUGUCGUUGCCACUGCUUCAGAACCAGAUGGCAGCGUUUUAGCUUCCCAAAAUGCCGAAACCCUAGCAGCAACGAAUCUCGCAUGCGUUGAAAAGCUCUUCUUUGACGUUCAAGCGAUUGACGGAAGACGGACGUCUUCGCAUGAUAAAGCACUUUCUCAUGGACGCAUAACUUGCCCCAUUUGUCAAGAAUCGUUCAAUUACAUGAGCGAAGUAGAUACAACAAAACCUUUGGCGGCUUUUUGUCCCGAAGAAGAUUGUACCUUCGUUUCUCAUCUGAGUUGCCUUCAUCGAAUAUUUUUGGAUGAUGAGCAACUAAUGAAAGGCACAAGAAAGCUUAUACCUAAAUCAGGCACAUGCCCGUUAUGCGAGAAAAUUAUAUCAUGGCCAACUGUGGUGAAGUAUUCGACAUGGGCUCGGGACCCCGGCACUACCAAAGACAAGUGA